AUGGAGCAUAUUAAUAAUGAGGAAAUUCCAUCAGCACCAGCAACACCAGGCACUCCCGGUGUACCACUUUUUGGUGGUUUUAAGUCCGAGAGAAAUGGGCAUGGUAGUAAUAAGAAAAAGAAGUCCCUCUUGAAUUGUCAAUGCUUUGGUGUCCAAGAAUGGACCUUAGAAGACGGAGCUUUACCCACAGUCACUUGCUCAUUAAUGGCACCCCCUCCUGUCCCUCUUGCAAAAAAGAUAGGAGCUGAGUUUAUAGGGACAUUGAUUCUGAUGUUUGCUGGGACAGCCACUGCUAUUGUGAACCAAAAGACAAACGGGUCAGAGACUCUGAUUGGAUGUGCUACCUCUACUGGUCUUGCCGUUAUGAUCAUCAUCCUCUCCACUGGCCACAUCUCUGGUGCUCAUCUCAACCCUGCAGUCACUAUUUCCUUUGCUGCAUUAAAGCACUUCCCGUGGAAGCAUGUGCCUUUGUAUAUUGGAGCACAAGUUUUGGCAUCAAUAUGUGCCGCAUUUACUCUCAAAGGGGUUUUUCACCCUUUCAUGAGUGGUGGAGUCACCGUUCCUUCCGGAGGAUACGGCCAAGCUUUUGCUUUAGAGUUCAUUAUCAGCUUUAACCUCAUGUUUGUUGUCACCGCAGUGGCCACUGACACAAGAGCCGUAGGAGAACUAGCCGGAAUUGCAGUUGGAGCAACUGUGAUGCUUAAUAUACUCAUAGCAGGGCCAAUAACAGGAGCGUCAAUGAACCCGGUAAGAACUCUAGGUCCAGCUAUUGCUGCAAACAACUACAAAGCCAUAUGGGUCUAUCUAUUAGCUCCCAUACUCGGGGCGUUAGGUGGGGCAGGUACUUAUACUGCAGUCAAGCUACCCGAAGAAGACGAUAAGACAAAAUCUAAUGCUUCUUCAAACCAUCCCAGCUUCACAAGACGAUGA